AUGAAAGCGAAAACGGACUGGAGUGAAGAUCUCGAACGAUCGUCCCGUGUCUCGACUCGUCCCAGAAAACGCCAGCGUCGGGACAGAGCGCACGCCAGCCUACGCGUUCGAAGCCUCUUCAAUUUCCUUGUCGCAGGGCUUGGAUGGGGCAGCAGAAGCCGCGGUGGCGGAGACGCGCAAGCGUCCGUCUUGGCAGCCAGUACGAUCGGGCUAGAGCCUCGUUGGGCUCCACUGCUUGUCCUCUUUCUGUGUCCUCUCCGUCGGCCCGCUAAACUACAUCGGGCCAUGCUGACAUCCUCGCUGUCGUGGUCUUUCGCUGAGCUCAUCACUGCGCUGCUCGUUAAUGGCUGGAUCCGAGUGGAGAGUGAACCCCUUUUGGACUCCGUUUGCUCCCAGGGGGCUUGGCACUCUAGGAAUCAUAAUGCUUCGGUCGCACUCCAGAAUAUCCUGCCUGGCAUGGCCUUGGUAUGGCUCAAUGUUCCUGUCGAUCGGGAUGCAACCAAACGGGAGAUCUUGAUAUAG